UUGGUGCGGAGUCAUGAAAGUGUUUGUAAACAACUCAGUCGGAAGGUAAUUCAAGAGCUGACUUAAAUCUCCAAUUCAGACACUAACUCUUCUGCUCCGGCAUGUAGAGCUGGUUUAUAUUGCGGGAUGGAGCUGUGAGGGUUCAGUCUGCCGUGGAGGACAUGGUAGCGUGUAGAAUGCUGUAGCCUCACACAUGCUAACCGGCUAGUUAGCAGCAAAGCGAGGCUUUGUUGAUCUUCUCCUGCCGCCCAUGACACCCCUGUACAAGCUGUUGUGCAGCAAACUGGAGUCGCAGCAAUUCCCAGCGAUAUCUCUGAGCGUCAAAACAUCCCCCAAAGUGCCCCUGAUCUUGGGAUAUGAAGGAUGUCUGAGCUCACAGUUUUGCAAUAUCUUCAAGUCAACAGGAUGACACAGUUGUAUCAACAUUGAUCUGCACAUAGCUCUCUGAACAGCUAGGACAUUGCAGUUGCAGAUCCUCAAGAUCACUUUCAUUAACUGUGCUGUUCAACUACGAAGUUAAGAUGCCUUGGCCAUUUUCCGAGUCCAUCAAAAAGCGGGCCUGCAGAUACCUCCUGCAUCGAUACCUAGGAAACUUUCUGCAGGAGAAGCUAAGCUUGGAUCAGCUCAGUCUUGAUCUUUAUCAAGGAACUGGGUCCCUUGCCCAAGUGCCUCUGGAUAAAUGGUCACUGAAUGAACUCCUGGAGACCGCAGAUGCCCCUUUUGAGGUCAUUGCAGGGUUCAUCCAGACAAUUUCUCUGAGUGUCCCAUGGGCAGCACUGUUGCACGAAAACUGUGCCCUAGAGGUCAAAGGUUUGGAGAUGGUGCUCAGGCCAAGGCCAAGAGCGACAUCCAGCAACGAGCCCAUGUACUGGUCCAGCUUCAUGACGAGCAGCAUGCAGCUUGCCAAAGAAUGUCUGAGUCAGAAACUUACUGAUGACAUGGGAGAGAGCUUUCAACCUUUUGAAGGAUUAGAGAAGUUUGCCGAGACCAUAGAGACAGUUCUGAGAAGAGUCAAAGUGACCUUUCUGGAUACUGUUCUCAGAGUCGAACACAUUCCAGAAAAUGCUAAAACUGGAAUCGCUCUUGACGUUCGAAUCAGCAAGAUUGUGUACUGCGAUGAAACGGGGGAAGAUAGUUCAAGUGUAAAUGUGCAUCAACCAACAACGUUUGCGCAUAAAAAUGUGCAGAUGGAAGGAAUCACUGUAUUCUGGGACGAGUUUUCAGAUGUGUCCCGUGGUUGCAAAUCUUCACCCACUCCAACGGACACUGAGCCAAAGCUCUCACCUAGCUGGAAUCCCAAAAUCAUUUGUGAGCCUCAUCCACAGUUCACAGAGCCAGUAUCCUCCACAACACCCUUUGAACCUGUGCAGGUUGGGAGCCUCAGUGGUAAAAUUGAAUUGUCCCUCACCCUGAAGAACAACCUAACUCUGCCUGGAGCAAAGUUGGACGUUGUUGGACAUAUUGAUAGACUUCUUAUUCUGCUAUCUCCUCGUCAAGUUCAUCUUCUCUUGGAUUUGUUUGGAGCUUUCUCUGGCGGAGGUGCACAGCAAUGGGCUAAGGAUAGAAAGAGUCGUCCCAUGCAGCAGGAAGAUGAGUACAGGCUACACAUGGAACUGAACCGGUGUCUGAAGAAGGACACAGCUGUGCCAGGGACAGACCCUGACCUCUUUGAAAGCCAGACCACCAGAACGGUGUCAAGUCGAGAUGAUGUGUUCUUCUCAAUGGCUGACAUGGACAUGUCCCACAGCUUGUCAUCCCUCCCUCCUCUCGGCGAACCACCCACUGUUGACUUGGACUUGUCACUAAACAGCAACUACUCUCCUUCACCAGGAGAGUCUCCUUCAGGAAAUGCACCAGCUCUGUGGGAUGACUACACGGAUGUACAACGACAAAAAGAGAAGCAGACAAGUGAAGCUCCUGUUCAGUCACGGGAUUCACCGCUCCCUCAAAAGCUAUUCAGACAAACAUCUCAUUCUUCCAAAACCCAUGGAGAUGAGUCAAGGCCAGAGUUGGUGUUGACGUUGUCUCUGAGCAGCUUCGCUAUUUCAGUCCUUCACAUCGACCCGCUGCCACCGCCUCACGCUGCUCCCAGCCCUCUCGGCCCCAUGGCCGCACACUUCUUCAGUACGGUGGGUCCAGGUCAGCUUUCCCCGGAUGCUUUCCUUCAGUCUCGGAAAGUGUUAAAUGAGGCUUGUCCUCAUGAUCACCUCAGGCUUGUUGGCCAGGGUCUAAAGAUAAACUACGAGCAUUGUCAGGGAUCCAGCCUGCGAACUUUUAGCACUGAAAUCUCCCUUAACCGGAUAGAGUUUGUCGAGUGUUUGUUCCCUUCCGAAGUUCUCACCGGUGGAUAUCAAAGAGGAAUCCAGUACACCGAGCUUCUGGCAUUUGACACCUCAGCCAGUGUUGAUGCACCACUUCCCACCUGCCUUCACUUGCUUUACAAACAGGCUGAGCGCAGAGGCCCUCAGGGAGGCCAGGUGCGACUCAGCACCAUUCCAAGGAAAGCUGAGAUCCAGGUAGAGCUGGGCCGUGUGCGCUUUGAACUGGACAUCAGCAUCGUAGACCGUCUCAACUCACUACUGCAGCCUCAAAAACUAGCCACCACGGAGAUGAUGGCCUCCCACAUGUAUACGUCUUACAAUAAGCAUGUCAGCUUGCACAAAGCCUUUACAGAGGUUUUCCUCGAUGACACACAUACACCCUCCAACUGUCACGUAUCGCUGACAGUUAAUGCCCCUGUGCUGGCCAUUGCUGUGCGCUUCCCCAUCCCCGAUCUGCGUUCAGAUCAGGAGAGGGGCCCUUGGUUCAAGAAGUCGUUGCAGAAAGAAAUACUUUUCCUGGAGCUGGAGGACGUGGAGGUGAAAACAGAGUUUAUGGGUGGCAGCUCCCCUGACCAAACCAAAAUGGAGCUCACAUUCAGGGAGCUUAAUGGGAAGUUCCAGGAGGAAGAAAAUCAACCGGCAGGCCAUUUCCUCAGAGUGUCCCACACCAUGGAUGGAGACAUGACAACAUCCGAAAGUGUAAAAUUUGACUGGCCAAGAGUUGUGCUGAAAAUGAACCCUACUGCAGUCCAUUCGAUCCUUGAGCGUGUCACAGUUGAUGAUGACGAGGUAGCUGAGGACCAUUCGCUCGAGGAGGAAGAGGAGGAGGGCGCUGCUCAUUCAUUGAAGGAUGUGUGUGACUUUGGGAAGCCGGAGCCAUCGCCCUUUUCGUCCCGUAGGGUUAUGUAUGAAAAUGAAGAGAUGAUCAUCCCUGGCGACGUUGCUGAGAUGACAGAGUUCCAGGAAAAAACAAUGAACAACUCUCGUUUCAUUCUCGAGUUGUGCUUCCCCAAUGUGCAGUUAUUGCUGCCCAGCAAGCCUUUCUACGAAAAACUACACAACAGGAUAAACAAUGACCUGUUGCUGUGGGAGCCCACUGCUCCGUCACCGGUAGAAACUGUGGAGAAUAUGCCUUACGGUGUUGGACUCUCCGUUGCCAGUCAGCUGAUCAACACUUACUCCAAAGACAGCUUUAGCCAGUUCCGCUCAGCUGGUCCCGACGAGGAGACCAGUGGCUCUGAGGAGGAGAACAUGUACUAUUCUCCUUCCUCUGACCUCGGCUUCAGAUCACGAAAGAAGAAAAAGCCCAAAGCUCACAGCAAGACUUCCCAAAGCCUUUUCUCUGUCAUCCUGAGUGUCAAUCAUGGUUUAGUGGCUCUUCAGGCUAAUGCUAAGAAGGAAGAUAAAACCGUGCUGAAAAACAAACACGGCGAAUUCUGGCUUGAGGUUAAAAAUGCCGUUUUGUUCAGUGUCACUCAGUACGAGGGCUAUAAAGAUCAGCACUACAUCUGUUUCCAUACCACAAGCAUUUGCAUGUACCACCAAGGACUGCUAGAUGGAGACACCUCCGUCUCAGAUAUCAAGUUGCCGUGCAGGACACAUCCCCACUGGCUGGAACCAACAAUCUACCAAUCAGAGACAUCUCCAGAAAGAUCCUCAACACCCUCAGAGGGUAUUGGUCUGGAAGCUCGCAGCAUGGUGUCUGUGGCCGUCAGGAUCUCUUCACAGAACGCUGAGCGCAACAUCAAGGAGUUUCUGAUAGCUGUGGGAGUGAGAGGAGCCACCCUGCAGCACCGAGUGGUCCCUCCCAGCCUCGGCUGGUAUGACCAGAUAGUUGACUUUCUGAAUGUUUCCGAUGAGCCUGUGUUGGGCUACGCUCCUCCUACAUCUGUCACCACCCUGCAUUUACACUUAUGGAGCUGCUCAUUAGACUAUAGACCCCUUUACCUUCCAGUCAGAUCGCUGGUGCUUGUAGAAACAUUCAGCAUUUCCAGCAGCGUCUCCUUAGAUAAUUCUUCAUCAACUCUGAGGAUUAUUUUGGAUGAAGCAGCUUUGUUCCUUUCGGACAAAAGCAAUGCAGUGUCUGUUAAUCUGCUGCGUGACUACGUUCAAGUCGUAGACAUGGGGACCCUGGAGCUGAGGAUUACAGCUGUCAAACCUGGACCAGAUGGAAAAUUGUCUGAGCCUAGAUUCGAGCUGCGCUGCUCCAGUGACGUGAUUCACAUCAGAACGUGUUCGGACACCUGCGCUGCCCUCAUGAAUCUUAUCCAGUAUGUGGCCAGCUACGGGGACUUGCUGCCCCCGGCAGAACCAGAGGCCAAGCAGAGCAGCACCACGCAUAAAAGCAAGACGGAGGUUCCGAGCAGGCCAACGUCUCAGGUGCCGCUGCUCGCUGAGACUGAGCAGCAGAUGCUGCAGGAUCUGAUGAGUGAAGCUAUGGAAGAGACUGAUGGGCAGCCGGCACCAGGGCCACAGCAGAACGGUACCCAGGAGGAGCAGAUCCAUGACCAUGACCCGCCUUGCUCAGACCUCUUCCUGUUCCCUGAUGAAAGUGGGAAUAUCAACCAAGAUUCAAGCCCCACCUACCCAAUGCUGGCGUCUCCUCUGAUCACGCCGGCUCCUAGCCUGACCCAGGAGACGGAUGAUUUUUGUAUUUUGGAGACUCCUUUCUCGAGAGGAGAGGAUCAAGACCAUGAGCCUGUAGUAAAGCUGCUUACCACAGAUCCUGUGGAAAUCAAAAAUAAUCACUUUAGUCAGCCUCUGGAAGGGGGAGAUUCCAGCCGUGGAGCUCUGAAUUUUCCUGUUCCAGAGGUUCGCUACCUCAUCAAGGAGAUCUCAGUCAUCUGGCAUCUUUAUGGGGGAAAAGAUUUUGGCAGUGCAGUUUGUACAGCCUCUCCUGCUAGAAGCCGGGGAUCUACUCCUCAUAGCUCACCGUCUCAAACUCCAGCCAGACAAGCUAGGGCUUUAGGACGAGCAGGAGGGGGAAGAGGAAGGAACCCUGAUGUGUUAAUGGAGAUCCAGUUCAGCAAGGUGAGAUUUCAGCAUGAAGUGUACCCACAGACCCCGGUGGCAUCAUGUCCUGCCGUGGACCAGCCAGUGUCCCGACAGGUGUUUGUUGUGCAGGAUUUAGAAAUCCGAGACCGACUGGCCACCUCACAGAUGAACAAGUUCCUCUACUUGUACUCGAGCAAGGAAAUGCCCCGAAAAGCCCACUCUAACAUGUUGACAGUGAAGGCACUGCACACGUGUCCCGAGUCAGGGCAGGCCCCCCCGGAGUGCUCCUUACGUGUCUCUCUGAUGCCUCUUCGUCUCAACAUCGAUCAGGAUGCACUGUUCUUCCUGAAAGACUUUUUUAGUAGCCUCGCUACUGAAGUUGAGUUUUUCUCACCUCCUGUUCAAGAAGCUGUUUGUGUAACUACAAAAAAAGCAUCCGCCCCGGAGAUCUCCUGCAGCUUCUCCAAACAUGCUGCCGGGAGUCAGGAAGCAGCUCCGAUCAUUUCAGUUCCUGCCCAGAGGCAAAUGAGCCACAAUGGUUACUCUGCUUCCGCUGGAGAAGACGUGAAUGACGGCGAAGCCACUGCCUAUCCCUUUACAGACCAGCCAAUCUUCUUUAGGGAGUUUCGAUUUACCUGCGAGGUUCCCAUUCGCCUGGAUUACCAUGGGAAACAUGUGUCAAUGGACCAGGGAACAUUUGCAGGCAUCAUCUUCGGAUUGACACAGCUGAAUUGCUCAGAGCUGAAACUGAGGCAGUUGUGUUAUAGACAAGGGUUACUUGGUGUCGAUAAACUGUUUUCUUAUGCAAUAAAUGAGUGGCUAAAUGACAUAAAGAUGAACCAGCUCCAGGGACUGCUGAGUGGUGUGGCUCCUAUUCACACUCUGGUGAAACUGGCUCAUGGACUCCGGGACUUGGUGUGGCUCCCUAUUGAGCAGUACAGGAAGGAUGGACGGAUAGUGCGAGGAUUUCAGCGCGGCACGGCCUCCUUCGGCACCUCCACUGCUAUGGCUGCUCUGGAGCUCACCAACAGGAUGGUGCAGGCCAUCCAGGCAGCGGCUGAGACGGCCUAUGACAUGGUGUCUCCAGUACCUGAUGAGAGAGAUCUAAAAAGAGUGAAACGAUAUUCCCAUUAUGGACAAUCUCACCAGCCUGUUGAUCUGAGAGAAGGUGUAGCCAAAGCCUACACUGUGGUGAAAGAGGGUAUAACUGACACUGCACUGACCAUCUAUGACACGGCCACACGGGAACAUGAGCAGCGGGGGAUGACAGGAGCGGUUGGUGGAGUUCUCCGCCAGCUGCCACCAGCAGUAGUCAAGCCACUCAUUAUGGCCACCGAAGCCACCUCUAAUGUCUUGGGUGGGAUGAGAAACCAGAUUCAUCCUGAUGCGCGUCAGGAGGAGUCACAGAAAUGGAGGCAGGGUGAGGAGUAAUUGCCAGUGCCGCAUAGUAACUUCAACCAUGACUGUGCUGCAGCCACAACCAAGGAAUGUAAUUGUGCAUUUUUUUAAGCGUAAGAAAGGUGAAUAACCUGUAACGGUGUAAGUAAAAUACAGUAGUAUUCAUCUCAUGGCAUUUUGAGGUACUGUGAUUCAGCUUACAAGGUGCCUCACAGAGCCUUCAUGGCCGUCUGCAUUCUCCAUUGUUCAUUUAAUUAAAGGGAUUUUCGAAGAAUUAAUUUGUGAGCCAAAUAUCCUCAAAAUAUGGAUUAUGUUCUGUCGGAUCUAAAAGCCUAACUAUGACACAAUAAGUUGUCUCACUAGUGUCAUCUUUAUAACAGCCGUUUACUGAUAGUACUGCAUUCUUUUAUCUUUCUUGAUGUCAACGAAAACUAAUGUUAGAAAUAUAAUUGCCCUUAAUUUAUUACUUGUAUGUUGGCCUUGUUAUUUACUGUAAAUAUUUCUAAUAUGUAAUAUUUCAGAAACAAUAAAAGAACAAGCUUAGAGACAGGACGUGUUAAAAGUGUGUAAAAGACUUUAAUCAGGACAUUGAAAUGACUUGAAGGCUUACUGGCCCAGAUGAAUCGGUGAUGAAUGGGAGGAUUAUCCACAAGUGUUUUUGGGUAGCACAGUUAUAUUGACCUUUCAUGCAUGUAAUGCAAUUUUCACAAAGGUUCCUCUACUGAAAGCUGAUUUUAUAUUAAAUAAUAAUGAAAAAAAACAUAACUUUCAUUGCUGUAGUCAGUAUUUUCACAUUGUUCACAGUGCAUAUACUGAAGAUAAUCAACUAAAGCUUUGCUGUCCUGCUCAGCUGAUUUUUGUUUUUUUUUAGUGUGUGAAUGUUUGUUGUGAUAAGUUGUGGCAGAUUUUGAUUUGCUUGAUUUCUUCUGUUAAAAUAUUUGUUGUACAUACAUGUACAUUUAACUCUUGAAUUUGUAUUAAAAAUACAUAAAAGGGAAAUAAAACAGUUAAAUGUA